AUGGCUGGAGAAGGACCUGAAACCGAUGUACCCAAGGUGGACUGGGCUUCGAGCCACAGUGAACGGAGGAUGGUGACGCAGAAGACCUUGGAUGCCGAGCAGAAGCUGCCUGCUGAUUCGAAAGCGAACCUGGAUCGAGGUAUUAACGCUAAUAAAGUCCAAUUAAUUUAUGAUGGAGCUGGCACGGCGACAGCGAAACGCGCUGCUGACCACUGCGUCCCCCAGUGGCCAGAACCCCAAGGACUGGAUGAUUCUGAGAGCGUCGUUAGUGAGCUGAUAAAACGACUAAAGGAGAGCCUUAGCGAACAGGCAGGGAGCUGGUGGAGGGCAUCCAUGGCUAAGGUUGCGAAUAGGCCCCUCCUCGCUUCAUACGAGACUUCUUCUGAUGAAGUAUUUUCAAGAACUGCCCAGAUCCAAGAUGAGCUGGUGUCUGGACCGAAUGAAAACUCAGUUUUUAGUAGCAACUGGCACGAUCGCCUUCAAUGGGCAUUCCACAGAGUGCUAGCACUUCGUGAGUCGCAGGACUCAAGAUCUGCUAGUCAGCUUAGAAGACGGCUUUUCGAGCGCGAGCUGGGCCUCAGUCAUGAGAUUGGAUCAUUCGCGGCAGCGGCACGUGCCGCGGCAGUGGUGUUACUGCACUCACUGGCACUGGAAGAAAAAGCUCCCUUUACAAAUCAGCCACAGCCCACGAGACAGGAACAACCGAGAAAAGGCCCAGCCCAGUGCUUUGUGCGCAUCAAGCCAGGGGAAUAUCCCACCCUAUGGAGCGUUUAUCGACCAAAGUUUGCUGACGACCAAGUUUAUGUCUUCGAUAGUUUGGUACUGACGGUUAUUGUCGGAGAAGCCCAGGCAAAUGUCAAAACAAACUUUGCGAAGGAAGUUUAUCUGAAUGACAUCAAAGGCCGGCAGGCCAUGGCCGAUGCAGUGUAUGCAACAUCCUUUGCGCGGAAGUUAGGGCGGGGCUUGCAUCCUCGAAGUUGUUCUCAACUUCGAUACAGUCAGCAGCGCAACUUACAGAACCAAGUAGACACAGUAUGGGACCUACAUGACCAAAAUAAAUUUGAGCGUGCGAAACUCGGACUUCCAAUCGCUUGCCUUAUUGACUACGCGGGCUUCGCUGUAUUAGUUGAGCCGCUUUUACCCUUAAGCCCGGCUCCGGUGAACGUCCUCGAAGAGCUGGUAGCAGACAUCAGGCGGCGCCUACCUGACUUCGCACAGCAGUGUGGGAGCAUUGGCAAUCCGCUGGGAUGUUUUGACGCUCUGGACAAAGUUGACCGCGCUACUUACCACAAGUUCAAAAACAUCGCUGGCUUUCUCAACCUGGCUGAGCAGAGGUUCCGGCAGGAAUUUGUUUCCCGUGUUUUUCACGUUGCCUUGCCAUGCACCAGCAGAGAGCAACACAAAGCUGCAGAAGUUUCUGCGUCAAAUCUUUUCCAGCGUCACGUAACAAUACGAGGAACAAUGGAAACGCUUUCCUUGGCUGUGCGUUCGCUUGACCUUGCCAUUAAGCAAGAUCUCGUACCCACCAUUAAUGCGCUUCAAAAGAAUUUUCUUGACUCAUAUGACGUUUCACACGCUCUUCAUUCCCACGGAAUAAACAUACGAAAUAUGGCACAGCUACUAGAUCAUGGCCCCUCCUCUCCAUUCAAAGACGCCAUUAUCCGUGAAAUAGUGGCGAGAUCAGCCAAGCACUUGUUUCGACUGCAAGUUGAAAAGCUUAUUGGGAGCGGAUUGGUCGAGACUAGCCACAUAGAAGAGAUACAACGUUUGGUGGUAAAGCUUUUCAACCUGGUCUUGUCCAAAAACGAGGAGUCGAGGAUUUUUUGGCGUCACCAAAUCCUUCCACUGGCCCUAGAAAGGUACAAGGUUGACUUAAGCGACUUGGCAUCGCCAGAAAAUGUUUGCACGUUCUCCCUAUUUAAGGCUAUGGAAUACAAUCUUAGCGUUCAGUAUGACGAUAGCGUGGCCGUGCGCUCAAACGAUUCAUCUGGUGAAGCAUCUCUUGAGCUCCGACUACCAUUAACUGUAGCCGACUUGUCAACUUUUUCUACUGGUCGGGAUUCUCUGCUCUUUGCCCAUGUUUCACAAAUUCGGGCGGCUCUUCUAGGGAGCUACUCUGCGGAGACACGGCCCCAUGAUGACGAAGGGGACUCAGGAACACAGCUUCGCUCAACCAAGCAGCUCAUGCGACAUUUUGAAAAUGCAGGGAGAGACAAGGAAAGGGGUGAAGGUAGUAAAUUGGGAACACCUUGUACAGUGGAAGAGCUGAAGACGUUUGCGGAGCUGCGGGCAGUUCGAGGAUUUUAUCCCAGGGUUCACCUUGUUGCUCCAGAUACGCUGGCGCUCAUGCAAGCAGCUGUCGCCUCGACUGCAGUUGGGUCGAGUAGCACUCCUUUGGAUGUGCUAUUAGAUAAUAUGAAGGCUGGAACAGGAUACCCGUGCCACCCGUACUGCCUUGCAUUCGACGAAGAUGAAAUGCUGCAUGAGGCAUUUUUGAAGAUGGCAGACGAGAACAGGGCACAGUCACCACUGAAGCAAUGCCUUCGAUACAAGAGAAGAAAACUCGCCUUGACCCUUGCUCUUCUGUCAAAAGCAGCAAUAGAUCAACCACAGGACGCCCUGAUUUGCUAUCGGAAUCUAAAGCCAAUUUUGGUAGCCAUGGAAGGGAAAAUGUCACUUAGACUGCUCUUGGCUCACCUUAUGCUGGCCUCAUUUGCCUUCAAAAACAAGCGUUUCAAUUCCGCCAUUUUGCACGCGUUCAGAGUCCACAGAAUAUCGACGGUUUGUUUCGAUACUGGAGGCGCCCAUUGGGCUGCUGUUGCAGCACUACGACUUAUCGCACGGUCCAUGCUUGAAGUCCAGCGUUGCUCGGAGGCCGUUAUCAUCUUACAGCACACUGUCAGAGCGGCAACAGCUAAUCCCGAGCUGCCUACGCUUGUGACGCAUAUGAGCCGCUUCUGGUUAGCUGCAGCUUUUGCCCGAAUGGGUCGCUUGGAGAACGCCUCUGUCGAGGCGCAAAAUAUGCUCGCUGGACUUGAAUCUCAGCUCGGCGCAAAUCAUGAAGCGACGAUUUCAGCUCUCUAUCUUGCAGCGGAAGUAAAAAUGCGGAUAGGCUGCCUGGCGCUUCAAAAUCCUCCUCUUAAAAUUCUAGGGACUGGCUCUGAGCAACACUCCACCGAGAACGAAAUAUGCGGUGCUCCUAGUGAGCUCCAGGAGCCCUUGCUGUGGAAGCCACUAACUGCUGAAGACUUUGAAGUGUAUGAGGAAAUAUUUCGUGACCGAGAAAUGAUACAAGCGCGAGCUCUGGUGGCUCAUCGCAUCUACGUCGCCUGCGUCGCGCAGAGCUGCUCGUCUGCGGUGCGCACUUUCGGCCUUAUGGAACAGGAUCAAGUUGCAGAGUCUGAGCAAGAGAACGGCGACGGCAAUAGUGUUGGGCCUUUGUACCUUGGAGCCGAUCGUACAAAGGUCUACUUCAAAAAGUACCCUCGCCUGCAAGUAGGAAGGCGGAGAACUUCAGCAGCUUCACCGAGGCACUUGACUACGGCAGCUAGUACUGACAUGCGCACGAAGUUGGCACGUCAAGUGGAAGAGGAUUCUCAUCCGGACUAUCCAUUUUCAUUCUAUUCCCAGCAGAAAGUGUCAGGAACAGGACGCCGCAAUGUGCAUGGCCAUGACGUCUUAUAUGCACGCGUGGAUGGAUCGUCCGGCCUGCGACCAGCGCAGGAGCACGACGACAUAAUGCUACAGCUACUUCUCUUUGGCAAGGGUCCUUCUUCUCUGAACGGGGUUCUUAAAAGCUGUUAUAUGAGUUGCUUGGAAGACCGUGACAGAAACCCGUCAACGUGGUUUGACGACAUGAUAUCAGAUGUUCUUACAGAGCGGGGCAGUUUGCAGCACUUGCGGUUUCUCAUCUGCAUGUUGCGUCACUUCUUCACGCUGUCGCAAAAGUCGCUAUUUAUUACUCUCGCGCUGGGAGAUUUCAACAGAAAACAUGCCAAAAUCUUCGUCCAAACCAUGCGCACGCAAGAAAUCGAGGCUGAGGUUUCUCGAAAACUGGUGCUAAAGAGAAUGAUCAACAAAAGUCGAGAGGAAAUGCCCGAGAGUACUGAUGAUUACUUUGAGUAUGAUUUCAACUCGCCGAGACCAUUUGACCUAACCAUCGGGAUAAGCCAGUGCGAGGACCUCCUCAACUCGACUACCUGGACUGGGUCGGCGCUGCGGGUCGCUCGUUCUCAACUUGACUUCACACUUACGAAGCAAUCACUCACCAAACAAGGCCCCACCCAAGCGUGGCAGCAGUUCAUCAGCGAAAGUGAGCCGCUGGACGGCGCAGGAGCUGAUGAUGAAAAGCCACUGCGGGCAACAGUUGGUGCCCAACGAAGUGAUCUCGCCGCAGUUGAGGAGAACUAUUUGAAAAUACCUCCUGUGGGUAAGGGGAACAUAUCGGGGAAGACUACAUGGAGGAGCAUGAGCACAGCUGCACGGCUCUCGCAGAUCCGUUUUGGUGGCAGCAAGCAUCUAAUCACAAACAUGCCUCCCAUUGCUUAUGGUGUUAUGAGGGACAUAUUUAAGCCUCAGCAUGACUCAGAAUUGGAGGCGUUCGGAUGCAUUGAGUGCCUCCAACCACCAGACAAGGUUCCGUUCAUUGGUGGCUGA